AUGUUAGUGGGUCCCAAGCCAAAGUGCGCCCAAACCGACGAUGGCUCCAAAUGGACUAUCUCGUUCACCAAGAAAGAUCUAGACCAGGUCCAGCUCCCGCACAAUGUCGCCCUCGUGGUCACGCUUCGCAUCAGAACCUUUAACGUUCGACACAUCCUUGUUGACCAGGGUAGUUUGGCAGAGGUUAUGUAUUAUUCUCUGUUCAAAUACCUGAAGCUCCCAGAGUCUGACCUCCGUCCCUCCGAGGUUCCUCUAAUUGGUUUCAACGGGGCUCCGAUAUGGCCCCUUGGCAUGAUUACCCUUCCUGUUCGAGCCAGGUCGGUGACACAUGAUAUGGAGUUUGUCGUGGUGGAUGUACCUAGCCUUUACAAUGCCAUCGUCAGGCGCACUUGGCUUCACAAGAUGAAGGCUAUUGCCUCUACUUAUCACCAGGUAGUUCGGUUCAUUGGCGCUUAUGGACAUCGAGAAGACCUUUACAGAGACCAUACCGUUGCUAAAAGGUGCUAUGUCAACGUUGUCCGAAGCAACAACCAAAUGUCUCGGGUCAACCUCAUCGAGGUCACCGACGCCCCAGUUCUUGAAGACGUCGGUAGAAGGGCUGACGAAAAGGCAAUCAAAGACCUAAUCACCGUCCCCAUCAACAAGGACAACUCCCGUUUCUUCCUUCUUGGGUCCUCCCUCAGCGAUGCCGAAUGGGACCAAAUGGUUGAUUUCCUAAAGUGUAACGUCGAGGUAUUUGCCUGGACCCCAUACGCGAUGCCCGGGAUCAACCCCUUGUUCAUUUGCCAUGAGCUCAACAUCGACAAAAGCAGACAUUCGAUUGUGCAGCGGGCAAGGCAGUCCUCCCCGGUCCAUUCUGAGGUCGUUAUCGAAGAAGUCGGCCAACUCCUCAACGCUCGGGUCAUCCGUGAAGUUCAGUACCCCAGGUGGUUAGCCAACACCGUGGUUGUUAAGAAAAAGAACGGCAAGUGGUGCGUGUGCGUCGACUAUUCAAAUCUCAACGAUGCCUACCCAAAGGACGUCUUCCCACUUUUGCGAAUCGAUCAGUUAAAUGACGCCACUGCCGGUCAUGACCGACUCAGUUUCAUGAAUGCCUACCGAGGCGAUCAUCAGAUAGCAAUGAGCAAAGGCAAUGUUGAAAAUACAGCCUUCAUCACCCCACACGGUAUUUUUGGUUAUCUCGUCAUGCCCUUCGAUCUCAAAAAUGCCAAGGCUACAUUUCAGCAAAUGAUAACUAAAAUGUUCGAAUAUUUGUUGGGCGACACUAUGAUGGCCUACAUUGAUGACAUGAUUGUGAAAAGCAUGUUGGCCAGUGAUCACCCAGCCCAUCUCACUAAGGCCUUCAAGAUCCUCAUGGAUCACAAGCUUCGUAUAAAUGCGGAAAAAUCCGCCAAGUCAGCUCAGGAAAAUUCCUCGGUCACCUCGUCUCCCGACGCUGCAACAAAGUAG